AUGAGUCUUAUCUUUUCCUCCCCGGACACGGCAUUUUUGACAGUGAAUCCCAUUGAAUAUGCCAAAAUGGUAUUGAGUUCGAUAACGGCUUUAAGUCCCACUUAUAUCAAAAUGAGGAAGAAACUCAUGGUGCGGGUGAUGUUCCCUGAAAACAGUCAAGUGGUAAAUAACAGGGACGAAACCGAUGCUCACAGCGGAGGUGUCAACAUGGGUGAUGAUGUGUCCUCGGAGUAA